GGGAUUGAUGACGCGUACUGACAUUGAAAACGUUUCAAGAUAAAACCUCCCUCUUUUUCUUUUUUCUUUUUUCUUUUUUCUUUUUUCUCUUUUCUUUAUUUUCUCACCUGCUUCUUAUUUUUGUUCUUACUACUAUGUCCGGAGAUAUUAAGUAUUUAGAGGUUGUCUCAGCAAGUAUUCAAAAGCUUGCCAAAGAAGAUAAAGUUGUCGACUGGGACAAAUUUGUAAAAGAGGAAGGAGAUUUAAUCAUCAGUAGCUACAACGGUGACAAUUUGAAUUCAUUUAAAGGCGAUUAGAAACAGCGUUUUAAAAACACCUUGUCCCACCUUAACUUACGUAUGGAAAUCACUUCAGGAGAAAGAAAUGCCUGGAAAGAUUUAAUUACUGAUAAAAUCAAAGUGCCAAGAAAGUCUCCUGCUUUGUCUUCUGCAAAUCAAUCUUCAACAUCUUCUACAACAAACUCUUCAAGGCAUAACAACUUGAUAACUAAAGAACAAAGAAUCAACGUGUUAAAGUUGUAUGAUGAUUUAAACAAUGAAAACAAAUGGAAGCUUGCUUGUUCCGGAAGAUACGUAGAAGAUAUAAUGAAAGAAGCAGUACAAACAGCCAAAUAUGAACACCCUUCCGCCUCCUUUAUUUUGGAUCUUGCCGACACAAUCUGGUUAAGCAAGUUCACAAAGGAUGAAUGUAAAGAAAUCAAGUAUUUCAAUAAUAAGAAGCCAGAAAAAAUCAAGAAGAAUAUAUUGAUUCUUUUGAUAAAGAAGAGCUUGAAACUGCUCGUGAUUAUUAUAACGAAGCAAGCAAGAAGAAUUUUGGAUUUGGUGGACCAUAUGAUCAACGCUGGAUUCAACGUUCCAUAACUGAUGCUGCUGACCCAUAACUGAUGCUGCUGACCCA